AUGAGUAUCCACAAGAAUUUGGCAGACAGCGGCUGGCACAAUUGUGACUAUGAAAUCAAGGAGCAAGACCGGUUUUUACCUAUUGCAAAUGUUGGACGAGUGAUGAAAAAGGCACUUCCAGAAUACGCAAAGCUCUCCCGAGAGUCCAAGGAAUGUAUCCAGGAGUGCGUGAGCGAGUUCAUCUCCUUCAUCACCAGUCAGGCUGUUGACAAGUGCAAAUUAGAGAAGCGCAAGACCCUCAAUGGUGAGGAUAUUUUAUGGGCCAUGUAUACGCUAGGAUUUGAGAACUAUGCCGAGACGUUGAAGAUCUACUUGGCAAAGUACAGAGAAGUAUGUAUGACUUUAGGGUGCACAAAUCUAUACUAA